AUGUCCACCGAAAAGUUAAAAAUUGGCUACGUGCCAGAGCACUUCUCCACGCCCCUCUACUUCGCAGAAAAGCACUUCGGGCUCGACGCCGAGCUGCUCCCUUUCCCGUCCGGCACGGGACAUAUGAUUACCUCUCUGCGAACAGGGGAGAUAGAUGUCGGGGUAGGGUUGACGGAGGGUUGGGUUGCGGGAUUGGGGAAAGAUGGGGUGGAAGAGGAUGGGGGGUAUAGGAUUGUAGGGACUUAUGUUGAGACGCCUUUAUGCUGGGCAAUUUCAACCGGCGCAAAACGAAAAAUAAACAGCAUCCAAGACCUCAAGAACAGCAAAAUCGGCGUCUCGAGAAUAGGCAGCGGGUCAUAUGUAAUGGGCUUCGUGCUCGCCGAUCAACAAGGCUGGCUCUCUCCCUCAUCCUCCGAACCACCAUUCGAAGUCAUCCCCUUGCAAACCUUCGACAAGCUCCGCUCCGCCGUCAACGCUUCUUCUGCAGACUUCUUCAUGUGGGAGCACUUCACCUCCAAAAAGUACUAUGACAAUGGAGAGAUAAAGAAGAUAGGAGAGAUCUACACGCCGUGGUCGAGUUGGAAGAUUGUAGCGCGGACCGGGAUAGGAGAGGGGGACCAGAGACUGGAAGAGAUGUUCGAGAAGAUUGAUAGAGGGGUCAGGUAUUUUGAGGGGAAUAAGGAGGAGAGUGUGAGGUAUAUUAGUGGGAAGUUGGAUUAUACUGCGGGUGAUGCAAGGGAAUGGUUGAAGACCGUGAGGUUUGCAAAGAGUACGAAGGGUGUUGAUGUCAAGGUUAUUGAGAAGACGGUGGAUGUGCUAAGGAAGGCGGGCGUUCUUGGUGAGGGGGGAAUGAAGGCUGAGGAUAUGAUUGGCAGCUUACGGAAGUAG